CAAUAUCCGACACCAGCCGACGUCGUCCGUCUCCUCAGUCUCCCUUAAGUUACACAAAACACAAAGCGCCCGAUCACCGGAUCCCCUCACUGCCGCCACUGAAUCAAACCUCGCGUUUGACCUGUGUUUUCGACACUCGGCCCAUUCAGCUUGCCCCGCGCUCCCACCAGAGACAGGGCUAUUUAGUCUUCCAGCAAAUCUCACUCCGUCCUUUGUUCUGUAACAUCAACACAACACUUCACAAUGGCCGAAUUUAUCCGCGCCCAGAUCUUCGGAACUACCUUUGAGAUCACCUCGAGGUACUCUGAUCUCCAGCCUGUUGGCAUGGGAGCUUUUGGCCUUGUCUGCUCCGCGAAAGACCAGCUCACCAACCAGAAUGUCGCCAUCAAGAAGAUUAUGAAGCCCUUCAGCACACCGGUCCUCGCCAAACGCACGUACCGUGAACUGAAGCUUCUCAAGCACUUGAGGCACGAAAACGUCAUCUCUCUGAGCGAUAUCUUCAUCUCUCCUCUCGAGGAUAUCUACUUUGUUACCGAGCUUCUCGGAACCGAUCUUCACAGACUUCUCACUUCUAGGCCUCUUGAGAAGCAGUUUAUCCAGUACUUCCUGUAUCAGAUCAUGCGCGGUCUCAAAUACGUUCACUCCGCCGGUGUUGUUCACCGUGACCUGAAGCCAAGUAACAUUCUGGUCAACGAGAACUGCGACUUGAAGAUUUGCGAUUUCGGCCUUGCGCGUAUCCAGGAUCCUCAGAUGACGGGCUAUGUUUCUACUCGUUACUACCGCGCCCCCGAGAUCAUGCUCACUUGGCAAAAGUACGACGUCGAGGUCGAUAUCUGGAGUGCCGGCUGCAUUUUCGCCGAGAUGCUGGAGGGCAAGCCCCUCUUCCCUGGCAAGGACCAUGUCAACCAGUUCUCCAUCAUCACCGAGCUUCUCGGCACUCCCCCAGACGAUGUCAUCAACACGAUUGCUAGCGAAAACACCCUGAGAUUCGUCAAGUCCCUUCCCAAGCGCGAGCGUCAGCCCCUGAAGAAUAAGUUUAAGAACGCCGAUUCAUCAGCCGUCGAUCUGCUCGAGCGCAUGCUUGUCUUUGACCCUAAGAAGCGGAUAACUGCCACCGAGGCCCUUUCACACGAGUACCUUGCUCCUUACCACGACCCCACCGACGAGCCGGUUGCCGAGGAGAAGUUCGAUUGGAGUUUCAAUGAUGCUGAUCUCCCGGUCGACACAUGGAAGAUCAUGAUGUACUCCGAGAUCCUGGACUACCACAACGUCGAAGCCUCGGGGCAAAUGAUGUUCCCGGACGAAGUUUCGAUUUCGCAAUAAAACACGGCAACGGCAGGGUCCGAGACAUGGCCCCGAAUCUUCAACACAGGGGUGGAGUAGAAGUCCCCUGGCUUCAUGAUACCACGACAUCAUGCCACAUGAUUUCUUACCGUCAUAAUCCAAAUUUUUUUUCGGUCAACUUUGUAGGAGUUCUCCGAUUUUGUUUUUGUCUACAAUGUUUGAAGAGCGGGGAAGCGGAUACACAUCAGAAAAUUGUAUCCAGGUCCCGGGUACAAGGGAAAUUUCAAAGAAAGGGAGAGGGCAUGCAGGUAUGUCCAGAGAGAAGGACGCAUGCAUGGGAAAUACACGUACCCAGGCACGGGCCAUGUUUGGGGUUAGGAUCAAAUAAGACAAGAAGUAAAAGAAACCAGGAUUCAAAAGAGGGUGCUUGCGCUUGUUGACUGCCGGACCGACUGAUAUUCACCAAUGAUGGAGAAUUUGGGCAUGCAUGGCGUUCGUGGAGAGGGAAUGAUAUGUAAGGCCGAGACCGCCACUCUUUGGAGCCCGCCGAGGGAGUUGAUGGUGGACAAGCGGCCUGUAUUGUUAUGGAGAGAAAGGAUGAGUGGAAAUGAUGGCUAUCCAUUCGUUCACGAGGCACUUGGUGGGGAGUAGUAACCUAAGCAGACACACGCCGUUAGGGGUCGGUUGUAGGGGCAAACAGGCGGUCGGAUGGAUAGAGUUGAGAUUCUACAUUUAUUAGUUCGAGUAUAUGAUAGACUUUUUUGGUAACAUCAGCUCACGUCGGAGUAUUACUGGCAUUGCAUUAAACAUGCUUAGUCGGAGAUCGCCAAGAUCAGACUCUUAGCUCAGGGGUGGUGAAAAGGGGGUGAAGAUUGAGUGAAAAGCGACGGUGGGCGGGGAGGGUGGUGAGGAAUAGAUCACUGUCAUAAGGUUUAGCU